AUGACCGAAGUCGACUCUGUCUGGGCAAACCGUAAAGACGCCCCGUCCGCGACAUUGAAGUUGUUGAGAGAUCCCACAACCGACCUUCUUCCGGGCCUCACCGCCGUCAUCUGCGGAGGCCAUUUUCCAGGCAGUAUGGUGCUGCAUUCCGCGCCACCCAACACUGCUCUGCCCACGCUUUUCGUCGCAGACACAAUCUUCGCCGUGGCUUCGGCGCGGAACCCAGAUCCGGGGAAGCGGCCGGAUACCAUCUCGUACCAGUUCCUGUGGAGUAUUCCCAACAUGAUCCCCUUGCCGCCAGACACAGUCAUGCAGAUCUGGAAGGCGCUGAAACCGUUCGAGUUCAAGGCGACUUACGGCGUCAUGGCGAAAAUCAGCAAUGUUUUCGAAAAACCCGGCCAGACGCUUGGCCUCAAAGCAAGAGUCCUCCAGAGCGCCAAGAUCGCUGUCAAGGCAAUGGGAUAUUCUGAUCACGGCAUUUUCACCGAGGAGUUGUGA